UCACGUGUUUCCAGCUCGCUCGGUUCCGUCCAAACAGCGAGCUGCUGCUAACUCCUGCUGUCGCUGCGCCGCUCGGUGCUAAACCGAUCCAUGUUGUGUUUUUAGCCACCCGUCCCCCUCGACUAGACUAUUUUUAUCAAAGAAUGAGCGAUAACGAUGAUAUCGAAGUCGACAGUGACGAAGACUCGCCGAGGUAUCACUCUGGGGCAGACAAACGGGCACACCACAAUGCACUGGAGCGCAAACGUAGGGACCACAUCAAAGACAGCUUUCACAGCCUCCGGGACUCGGUACCCGCUCUGCAGGGAGAGAAGCAGUCUACCAAACAGGCAUCUCGAGCUCAAAUCCUAGACAAAGCUACAGAGUACAUCCAGUACAUGAGGCGAAAAAAUCACACACACCAGCAGGACAUCGACGACCUGAAGAGGCAGAACGCGCUGCUGGAGCAACAAGUCCGCGCUCUGGAGAAGGUAAAGGGCUCCACGACGCUGCAGUCCAGCUACUCGUCGUCCGACAGCAGCCUGUACACCAACCCCAAGGGCAGCGCCGUGUCGGCGUUCGACGGCGGCUCCGACUCCAGCUCGGAGUCUGAGACGGAGGAGCCGCCCAGCAGGAAGAAGCUGCGCGUGGAGGCCAGCUAGACGGCCCGGCGGCCCAAACUCGGCCACGGUGGAGGCGGCAGGGCGGGAGGGGGGAAGGGCCGGAGGAUUUCAGCCUUCAGAGCUCCCAGCUCAUCAGUCCACUCCGCCCCUCGUCACGCAACAACGACCACCACCCCAGCCUCCAUCACCGUCCUCGCUGUUGUCUGUCCUCCAUCUCUGCUUGGGAUGGCACUGGAGACGGGUGUCCCCUGAAAUCCCACGACAUCGCCACCACCGUCUGUCCUCGCAGCCCGUCUCCGCCCACGGAGGAGAUGAAGCGAGCAGCGCGGGAGACAGCUGCUUGGGUCCAUCUAGAGAGCUUCAGGUCCCCCCUCCUUCCCCAGACCCCUUUCUUUAUGUUUCCUGUUUUUCGUUAUUGGUAUCCCCCUCUCUUUGCAACAAAAACAAUCCCAAAUUCAAAGUAAGGCAGCUUGGCAACUUAAGGACUUGAUGCUUUUUUUGUACUCUCGGUAAAGCCCCUCGUCCUCCGGGUUGAUGUCUGGGGCAGAACAGGGAGCCAGACGUACUCUUCUUCCAAGCACUGCUAUUUUUUGUUUUGUUUCGUUUUUUGUUCAUUUUGUUAUUAUUGGUUUAAAAAGACAGCCUCUUAAGAAUUUACACACCGAGAUAAAUCCUCCUGGAAAAGUUUACCUUUUUAAAAUUAAAAAUCAAACAUUUGUAGCUUACUUUUUUUCCACGAAAGAAUGUGAAGAUGCUUUAAGCAAAUGUCAAAAAGUGAUACCCACCUCAGGCCCACUGGAUCGCAGAUGUUUUCUGCCUCACGCGUUUCUUAACACAUUAUUUAAAAAAUUAAGAAAAAAAUAACAAAAAAAAAACCACGACUCCUUUUGUUGAAAUUGAUGUUUUGAAGGAGAAUAUUCCUGAACUUGUAUCGUAUUUUGUCCUUUAGCUUGAAGUAGUGAAUGACUUUAGGUGGCUGAAUACGUUAGGCAUUUCUUUUUAUAUAUCAUACCGAGCAUUGAUUGGAUGUUUCCAAGACUACAACAGUAUGUUUUGCAUUUUGUAGUACUCACAUGUCAUGGAGGAGAAAUGCUGAUUUGCCACACAAGUUUUCUUUGAAAUAGAUAUUGAAUGUCAACAAGGUAGCUCCCGGCGUCGAGGAGAGACGAGUCCCUGUCAAUGUGUUGUGCUUUAAACAGUAAAAAAAAAAAUCAAUGUUGCUGAACCCCUCAAGGAAAAAAAGGAAGCAUUUGCGUCUCUAGGAAACGUGUGUAUGUAUAUUGUUUCCAUUUUAUUUCCAGUUAGGAGGAUAUAAUUAGUGUCGUAGGUCUUUGUCCGAUUCCAUUCCAUGGAAAUUACAAGUAUGUUGUACAUACUGCCAACAAUUGUCUUGCAAGUUGAGGCCUACCUUUACUAUGAGACUAUAAAAUAAACUAUUUUAUCCUUUAAAA